GACAUUUAAAUAUUAUUGUUGACGUUUGUGUUAAAAGGUAUAUUUAUUUCCAAUAAAUAAUGCCAAAAAAAUGUCAUCUUAAUUCAAAUCUACAUAUUUUCACACUAAAUCCCGUUUAAUUUUCUUUCAAGCUAAAUUAUUUGUUAUGAAAUAAAGACCUAUCAUGAACUCAGAUGCCGACCAAAACAGUCAAAGCAGUUCGAGAAGUGAAUCGAAAGGAGUUCCCGUAAUCAGCAAGGACUCCGGCAAAUACUGUUGGGUAUGUUUUGCGUCAGAGGACGAGGAUUUAGACGCUGCAUGGGUACAGCCAUGUAACUGCAGAGGCACGACCAAAUGGGUUCAUCAAACUUGCCUCCAGAGAUGGGUGGAUGAAAAACAGAAAGGGGGCAACUUGAACAAAGUGAUAUGCCCUCAAUGUCAGACUGAGUACAUUAUAGUGUUCCCAAAUAUGGGCAUUUUAGUUCUAAUGCUAGAUACAAUGGAUAGUUUUAUAUACAAAGGUUGUCCCUUUAUGGCUGCAGGCAUAGUUGUUGGGGCAGUAUAUUGGUGUGCAGUUACAUAUGGUGCCAUUACAGUAAUGCAGGUUAUAGGGCAGAAAGAAGGUUUAGCAAUAAUGGAACAAGCUGAUCCGCUUGUUUUACUGAUUGGACUUCCAGCAAUACCAGUGGCCUUACUUUUGGGAAAGCUCAUCCGUUGGGAAGAUGCGUUACUUAGUUUUAUGAGAAAAAAUAUCAACAAAAUUCCAAUUAUCAGAAGCAUUCCACCAUUUCGAAUUGAUAUUGCCACAAAUACUCGUCCGCAAUCGUCCACGGAAAAUGAACUUCCUCCGUUGUCUAGUCCAGUGUCUGCUACUCGGGUGCUUUGCGGCGCACUACUGAUGCCAACCAUAUCAACGUUUUUUGGCAAAUUCCUUUUUGAUUCAGUCAAAUCGAACUUUCACAGAACCGUGUUAGGAGGAUUGGCAUUUAUUGCGGUCAAAGGGUGUCUGAAAAUUUACCACAAACAGCAGAACUACAUCAGGCAGUGCCAGAGGAAGAUUUUAGAUUACACUGAGUCCAAUAUUUCCACCUAUGUAAGGCACAAUAAUCGGCGACAGGAUGAAUAAUAUUAAAUCGCAUUCUUACUGUAAAAAUAUUUACUAUCCCUUAAAGCACAAAUGCAAUCCACAUAUUGCGGCAGUUUUAGAGGCUUUUCAUGGGAAUUAACGACAGAUGAAACCCAGGUUUUAGGAAACGAAAAAAUUAUCAAUUAAAGUGAAUUAUUUAAGUCAAACGACUCAAGUUAUUGACUACUGUAACGCGUACAUACGCUACUCUUAAAAUUUGACAUCGAUUACUAUUCAGGUACGUUCUAUUAACGGAAUUAAGCUUAAUUUGCUGACAAUAUAUGCGCACUGAUCAGUCUGUGUGUUUAUUGCUCAGUUCUGUUUUAAGGGAUCGACUAUGACGCCUUCUUUACUUUGAAUAUUUGUUAAUGUUUUGAGCGAUUAAUUUAAGGGUUUUUGUAAUUAGGCAAAAUUUGGUCAUUGUUAACUCCUAUUAAAAUAUCUAAUAAAAACAGCGUUUAUAUUUUUAAAA